AUAAAAUAUGACAGAUUUUAUAAAACCAUAUAAUGAUGAUCCUUUUGUAGGCAAUCUUGCUACACCAAUUAAUACUUCUAGUUUAACAAAAAAUUUAUUAGAAAUUGGAAUGGCACAUGGAUAUUUUUUUAUUGGUCCUUUUUAUAAAUUAGGUCCGCUACGAAAUUCUGAAAUUGCUCUACUAUCAGGAUUCUUGUCUUGUGUAGGUUUAAUCAUUUUUUUGACUGUAGGUUUAUUAUUAUAUGGUAAUACAUCUUUUGAUAAAGAUGAAUCUAAGGAUCAAUUACAGACCUCAGAAGGUUGGAACCAAUUUACAGCAGGAUUCUUAGUGGGUGCUAUAGGAGGUGCCGGGUUUGCAUAUCUUAUUUUAGUAAAUUUAUAAAAAAAAGAAGAAUAAUAAUUCUUCUUUUUUUUAUUAUAUAUUCUUACUAAUACAAACAAGUAUGAUAAAAAAAAUAUUAAGCUCAAUCAAACAUAUACUUCAUAAUCUUAUCGCAAUAUGUAAAUGGAUUAUAGAUAGAAUUAUUUUAGAGAUAGUUUUAUG